AUGGAUGAUCGCUUUUUUUCACGAAAUUUUUUUCUGAAUCAAUUUCCUGAAUUUGAAAGAUGUACUGUUUUUCUGCCAGACUUCUGA